AAAAAAAAAAAAAAAAAAAUGGCUGCAAUUACUAGCAGCCGGCGCAUGAGCUUGGGCUCUCUAAGCUCGAGAAGCUGGGCUUCGGCUAGUGUGAGGGAGGUUUUCACUGCACCUGGGCAGGACACCUUUGGGAGGAGUGGGAGAGAGUUUGACGAUCAAGAGGAGCUCAUUUGGGCAGCCAUUGAGCGGCUCCCGACUUAUGACCGUACGAGAAAAGGGGUUCUGAAGAAAGUGUUGGAAGAUGGAAAGGUGGUUCGUGAGGAAGUCGAUUUCACACAUCUUGGGGACCAACAAAAGAAGCGCCUCAUGGAGAACAUACUCAGAGUUGUCGAUGAUGAUAACGAGAGGUUCUUGCGCAGGCUCAGAGAUAGAACUGAUCGGGUUGGAAUUGAUAUUCCGAAAGUGGAGGUUCGUUUUGAGCAUCUCUCUAUCACGGGGGACACGCAUGUUGGGUCAAGGGCGCUUCCAACUCUGUUGAACUCGACGUUAAAUGUGAUAGAGGGGAUUCUUGAGAAAGUGAGGAUCAUCCCUUCAAAGAAAAAGGCUGUCAGUAUACUUGAUGAUGUUAGCGGCAUCGUGAAACCUUCGAGGAUGACACUACUUCUCGGGCCUCCAGGCGCUGGAAAAACUAUACUGCUAAAGGCUCUUGCAGGAAAGCUCGACAAAGAUCUUAAGGUAAAUGGAAAAAUCACCUACUGUGGUCACGAGUUCAUGGAAUUCGUUCCCCAGAGGACAUGCUCUUACAUAAGCCAACAUGAUCUUCACCAUGGAGAGAUGACUGUGAGGGAGACAUUAAAUUUUUCGGGACGUUGUUUGGGAGUCGGAACUCGAUACGACCUUCUUGUUGAAUUAGCAAGGAGAGAAAAAGAGUCCGGGAUUAAACCGGACCCUGAAAUCGACGCAUUCAUGAAAGCCACAGCUGUAGCUGGCCAAGAAUCAAGUCUAGUAACAGACUAUGUGCUCAAGAUUCUUGGUUUGGAUAUAUGUGCUGAUAUAUUGGUUGGAGAUGAGAUGAGACGGGGAAUAUCAGGUGGACAGAAAAAGCGGCUCACGACCGGUGAAAUGUUGGUGGGACCAGCGAAAGUUUUCUACAUGGAUGAAAUAUCGACUGGUCUCGACAGUUCGACUACUUUUCAAAUCGUUAAGUACAUGAGGCAGAUGGUUCACAUCAUGGAUGUGACCAUGAUAAUAUCCCUCCUCCAACCUGCACCCGAAACUUUCGAGCUUUUUGACGACGUUAUUUUGCUCUCGGAAGGUAAAAUCGUCUACCAAGGUCCUCGUGAAAACAUUCUCGAGUUUUUCGAGAGUGUUGGGUUCAAGUGUCCAGAGAGGAAAGGUGUAGCUGACUUUCUACAAGAAGUCACCUCAGUAAAAGACCAAGAGCAAUACUGGUUCAAGAAAAACGAGCCUUACAGAUAUAUUUCGGUGGAAGAGUUUGUGUCCCACUUCAGAUCCUUCCAUAUUGGUGGAAGAGUUUGUGAUGAGCUGGCGGUACCAUAUGAUAGAUCCAAAGCCCAUCCAGCUGCAUUGGUCACUGAAAAAUAUGGGAUCUCGAACAUGGAGCUUUUCAGGGCUUGUUUGUCCCGGGAAUGGCUUCUGAUGAAGCGGAAUUCUUUCUUGUAUAUAUUCAAGACUUUCCAGAUAACUAUAAUGUCGAUAAUUACGUUCACGGUGUUUUUCAGAACAGAAAUGAGGUCUGGGCAGUUGGUGGAUGGAGGGAAAUUUUACGGCGCAUUGUUUUUCAGCCUCAUUAAUGUGAUGUUUAAUGGCACAGCAGAGCUUGCUCUGACAGUUCUUAGGCUUCCCGUGUUUUUUAAGCAAAGGGAUGCUCUGUUUUAUCCGGCUUGGGCAUUUUCCUUACCAAUUUGGCUUGUGAGGAUACCGCUUUCUCUUAUGGAAUCAUUGAUAUGGAUUGUUCUUACUUAUUAUACUAUUGGAUUCGCUCCUGGGGCUGACAGGCACGUAUUUUUCCGCCAAUUGCUGGCAUUUUUUGCACUGCAUCAGAUGGCUUUAUCCCUAUUCAGAUUUAUUGCCGCACUUGGACGAACACAGGUGGUUGCAAACACUUUGGGUACUUUCACUUUGCUGAUGGUCUUUGUUCUUGGUGGUUUUAUUAUUGCCAGAGAUGACAUCGAGCCAUGGAUGAUCUGGGGCUACUAUGUUUCUCCCAUGAUGUAUGGUCAGAAUGCUAUAGCCAUCAACGAAUUUUUGGAUAAAAGAUGGAGCUCUCCAAACCCCGACAGCAGAUUUAAUGAACCAACAGUUGGCAAGGCUCUUCUGAGAAUGAGGGGAAUGUUUACAGAGGAUUAUAUGUACUGGAUAUGUGUUGCUGCUCUAUUUGCGUUCUCGAUUUUCUUCAACAUCUGCUUCAUUAUUGCACUCUCGUAUCUGAACCCUUUCGGAGAUUCAAGGUCUGUUACUGUGGAUGGCAAUGACAAGAAGAAAAAGAAUCUUGCCGUCUCAGAAAAUUUGAACACUGAUAGUAGAACUGCAGCCUCGUCAGGUCCCAAAAAUGGAGGCAACGGCAAGCCUACUAAGAGUGAUUCUGAAGGAAGCAGCCGAGCAGAAACUGCAAAUGCGAAGAAGGGAAUGGUGCUCCCAUUCACCCCGUUGUCACUAGCAUUUGAUCAUGUGAACUACUAUGUUGAUAUGCCUGCUGAAAUGAAAAAGAGUGGGAUUGAAGAAACUCGUCUUCAACUGUUGAGAGAUGUUAGUGGAGCCUUCAGGCCUGGAGUGUUGACUGCACUAGUCGGCGUGAGUGGGGCCGGCAAGACGACCCUUAUGGAUGUUUUGGCGGGAAGAAAAACGGGUGGAACUAUCGAGGGCAGUAUAAACAUUUCUGGUUAUCCCAAGAAUCAGUCGACUUUUGCCCGAAUAAGCGGCUACUGUGAACAGACUGAUAUACAUUCUCCCCAUGUCACUGUGUAUGAGUCGAUUGUGUACUCUGCCUGGCUGCGUCUUUCUCCGGAUGUCGACAAGGAGACUCGCAAGAUGUUUGUUGAACAAGUGAUGGAGCUGAUCGAGCUGAAUCCCCUGAGAAAUGCCUUAGUGGGUCUUCCUGGAGUUGAUGGCCUUUCGACAGAGCAGAGGAAGAGGCUCACGAUAGCGGUUGAACUCGUUGCUAACCCGUCCAUAAUAUUCAUGGACGAGCCAACUUCUGGACUCGAUGCCCGAGCAGCUGCCAUAGUCAUGCGCACGGUUCGCAACACAGUCGACACUGGCCGCACGGUUGUCUGCACCAUCCAUCAACCGAGCAUAGAUAUUUUCGAAGCUUUUGACGAGCUGUUGCUGAUGAAGAGAGGAGGACAAGUUAUUUAUGCUGGGCCUCUCGGACAUCAUUCUCAUCUAUUAGUAGAAUACUUUCAGUCUGUGCCUGGAGUUCCUGAGAUUAAGGAAGGCUACAAUCCUGCCACUUGGAUGCUGGAUGUUACAACUCCUGCCAUGGAAGCUCAACUUAACGUUGACUUUGCUCAAAUUUAUAAUAAUUCUGAUCUUUACCGGAGGAAUGAAGAACUAAUUAAACAACUUAGCUUGCCAGCACCAGGGUCUAAAGAUCUAUAUUUCCCAACCCAAUAUGCUCAGUCUUUCAUUAAUCAAUGCAAAGCAUGUUUUUGGAAACAGCAUUUAUCUUACUGGAGGCAUCCUCAGUAUAAUUCCAUCAGGUCUACACAACAAGAUCUAAUGAACCUGCUUGGGGCCAUAUACUCUGCUGUUAUGUUUCUUGGAGGCACAAAUACUUCUGCUGUUCAGUCGGUUGUGGCUGUAGAAAGAACAGUCUUUUAUCGUGAAAAGGCAGCUGGGAUGUAUUCAGCAUUGCCUUAUGCAUUUGCUCAGGUGGCAAUCGAGACAGUUUACAUAUCAAUUCAGACCUUCAUAUACAGCCUUCUCCUUUACUCAAUGAUUGGGUUCGAUUGGCGGGCAGAUAGAUUCUUUUGGUUCUACUUUUUCGUAUUUAUGUGUUUCGUAUACUUCACUUCCUACGGCAUGAUGCUUGUGGCAGUCACCCCAAAUUACCAGAUUGCUGCAAUUGUCAUGUCAUUUUUCCUCAGCUUCUGGAAUUUGUUCUCGGGUUUUCUCAUUGCAAGAACGGAUAUUCCUAUAUGGUGGAGAUGGUACUAUUGGGCUUCGCCUGUCGCAUGGACUAUAUACGGGCUUGUGACUUCUCAGGUGGGAGACCGAACGAACUCUAUACAAAUACCUGGCAGUGGUGAUAUUCCUUUAAGAGAAUAUCUCGAGAAUUCAUUAGGAUACGAUUACGACUUCUUGGGACCGGUUGCCGGGGCCCACAUAGGUUGGGUCAUUCUUUUCUGUAUCGUUUUCGCUUACGGCAUCAAGUUCCUCAACUUCCAAAAGAGGUGAAAGGGAAUGAGCCGGAUUCCACCAAAUCAGAGUGGCAAAAAAGGUUCCCGAAGAUCACUUUUCGCACUCAACAAGGGAACUACAAGUACUUGGCAAUGUCUUUUAGGUUUUGUAAUGCUCCAUUGAGCUUUCAAUUUUCCACGAACUCCAUAUUUCAAGAGUUCUUACGUAGAUUUGUAUUGGUGUUCUUUGAUGAUAUAUUAAUUUAUUCAAAAAACUCGGAGGAGCACAUUGAGCAUUUGAGGUUGGUCUUGAGGAUUUUGGAAAAAAAUGAGUAACAUCAAACCGUCAAAGUGUCCGUUUGACUAAAUUACGGUGGAGUACCUGGUCAUAUAAUUUCUUAUGGGGGUGUGAAAGUUGACCCCAAGAAGAUCAAGGCAAUGAAAUAUUGGCCAAAGUUGAAGGGUUGGAAAAAAUUUCAUGGAUUUUUUGGGCUGACAGGCUACUAACGGAAGUUUGCCAUGGACUAUGGGAUGAUUGCCAAACCCUUGAUUGAAAUGACAAAAAGGGCAGGUUCAAGUGGACGAUGGCGAGAUAAGAGUAUUUCAUAUUACUGUUGUAUACUUUUUUUUAUCGUUUAAUGUAAAUAUAUAGAUCAAAAUUG